ACUGUUCGCGAACCUGACGCUAGCCUGACCAAAUUAGAAUUAGUUAAGCUCUGUUACAAAUUCUGCGCGCACUUCCGCCGCGAACAAGCGAACAAGCUCCAGGAAAGUCGCGUCUUUCGAGUAAUUGAGUAUGUCGGACACGUGCGAGAUGAUUCGUUUGCACUCAUUGAGGGACGAGACAAAAACAAAGACAGAACUCGUCUCGUCGAAGUUUCGUGGAUCCGAGCAACAAAAUUCUGCCCCAUACGUGUCGAAAAAUGCUGCGGUAUUUUAGACAAACCAAGUAAUUCUGAAAGGCUCGUUAAGCACGACAAGCAACAGAAAAAAAUCUCGUUAUUCGUUUCGACAUAGAAAACUUGAUUCUUGAUCUUCCUUUUCAGCAGUUUUUCAAGAUUUAUUGCGCGUCUUCAACUUCCUAUCGGAAACUGAAACCUCAUUGAUCAAUUAUAUUUGAAUGCAGAGUCGGAGGUUCGAAGCUAGGAAAUUCGACGAAUGAAAUUCGAAAUCUUCGUGUUAUUGAUUGAUUUACGUGCAUUAAUUAUAAAAAUAUAUAUAUAUAUAUAUAUAUAUUUUUUUUCUACGAAUCUCAUUCUGAUGUCAAGAUAUUUAUCAGAAGAUGAAUGAAAGACAAAAUAAUUUAUCAACAACGCGUCAAUUAAUUGAUGAAUGAUCGUGCAACAAAAUUUAAAGAGACAGUACAGAGAUUAUAAAUGCACAACUUCCAAUGAAUAAAAUAUAUUAUAUUUAUCAAUAUUUCUUCAAAUUUAAUUUAGAUUCGAUUGCA